AUGGGCGUCCUGCCAGCAAAACGGAAGAGAAAUCAGCAAACAGAAGCUGCAGCGGUCCCUGAUGCGCUUCAGCGCCGAUCGAAUGCUGGCCAGCGAGCGGACCGAGGUGGUGCUCAAGAGGCUGGAGAGACAAGGAUAUGCGAUCAAAAAGGUGGCUGGUCAGCGGGGGAUCUGCUUGAGGCCCCAGCUGGCCAGCCGCAGUUCUGCCCUGGGCCUUCGAUGGCGUCAGAAGAGGCGCAGAAGGGAUCAAAGGAUAAUGGUCCGAAAGCAACGCAGCCGAAACGCAAGAGGAGCCACCAUGAGCAAGGAGAUGCGCUGGAAAGAUUCAUAAAGCAAACCGCCAAAUCCCAACGAUUGGACUUCAGUCCAGCGCCAGUAUCACGGACGUUUUGUUCCUACUCUAGCCGAGAGCAUGACGAAGAACAACGAAACACCACGCAGGCAGGUGCAAACAAGGACGAGAUACCUCUCAAGGAUGACGAAGCCCCCUCUACCGAGGCCUGCAACGUCAACCAGGCUCGAGCAGCCCGUGAGACACCUGCACAAACACAAGCGCAAUCGCUGAUGGAAGACGAAACCAUUCCAGAGGAAAACAUAUCCUACAAGCCGCCGGACGCAUCAAACAAGUUCAUGUGA